AUGACGGGUUCCGCUUCAUCCGACGCGACAGAUCCCUUCAAGGACGCAAAGCCUUCAGAAUCCUCUACGCAAGCAAAGGCAGGUACCUCAGCCUCCCCGACCCUGCGUCAGCAUCAGACACCUCCGACAUGGAUACCUAUUGCACCUCUGCAGUCACAUAUCAGCAUGUUCACAGGACGAUCUGAUACUGAGCCACUGGUAUCGCCUUCGCCAUCGGCAAAGUCGGACGACAGCAGGUUGACAUUGAGUCCGGCGUCUAUCAAUCGUGUCUUCCCCGUUCGUUCGACCGUUUCUAUCGAUCCCGUUGCUACUCCAAUACCUCGUGUGGAUUUGGGGGGGGACUAUCCUGGGAUGAGACCUCCCACUCGCCCUAGAAACGCAAGUCGCCCUAUCAUGGGACGUAUGUCCACCUCAACAAGGAACGCCUCGACAUCUGAAGCGUCAGACGCGGGCUCGACGUUUCACUCUGCUGGCAAUUUCGACUAUCAGCUUCUGAAUAAUCUCGUGGCUGAUAACAUCUCUACGAAAUCGGAAGCCUCAAGCAUAUCCGGUGGAGUAGCACUCUCAGCAGCGUCAGAACCUGGCUUGGUCACAGCACGCUUCACGCAUGUUAUGACCGAGGGUGGCCAUGCUGUAAUCACCGGUAGGGACGGCGAGACGUUACAGAGAUGUGAAGACGAGCCAAUCCAUAUCCCGGGCGCCAUUCAGAGUUUUGGUUGUCUUAUUGCUUUUCGCGAAGAGAACGAAAAGCUGGUUGUGCGCGUGGCGAGUGAGAACUCGGUCGACAUUAUUGGCUAUACACCUCAGCAGCUCUUCAAAUUCGACUCCUUCCUCGACAUUUUUGGCGAGGACCAAGGAGAUAAUUUGCUGGAUCACCUGGACUUCAUCCGCGACGAAGGUGCUGAAGAUGUGAUCGCGAAUGGACCAGAUGUUUUUCUCUUGUCAAUCAAACCUCCGCAGGCUCGGACCCGGAGAUUAUGGUGUGCCAUGCAUCUAUCCGAGACAGAUCCCGGCUUGGUGAUCUGUGAGUUCGAGAUCGAAAACGACACGAGGAAUCCGUUGGUUUCCCUGGAGGACAUGAGUCCCCCGGUUCCUGAAAACACCCUUGGAAGCAACCCGACCAGGGAAGAACUGAUGGACAGCACCGUCAAUAUCAGCAAACCGCUACGUGUAUUGCGGAGUGCACGAAGAAAAAGAACCGAGGCAGCAGCAAUGGAGGUGUUCAACGUAAUGUCUCAAGUACAGGAACAACUUUCCAACGCGCCCACCCUGCAAACCUUUCUUAAAGUUCUCAUUGGGAUUGUCAAGGAACUGACCGGCUUCCAUCGUGUCAUGAUAUAUCAAUUCGACAACGCCUGGAACGGGAGAGUUGUUGCAGAACUGGUUGAUCCUCGAUCAACUCGAGACCUGUACAAAGGUCUGAAUUUUCCCGCAUCCGACAUACCCAAACAGGCACGAGACCUGUAUAAGAUCAACAAAAUCCGCUUGCUUUAUGAUCGUGAUCAGGAGACAGCCCGACUGGUAUGCAGGACUGUGGAAGACCUUGACAAGCCUCUCGACAUGACACAUGCCAACCUUCGCGCCAUGUCUCCGAUCCACAUCAAAUAUCUCGCCAAUAUGGGAGUCCGGUCAUCCAUGUCGAUCUCGAUCAAUGCUUUCAAUGAGCUGUGGGGAUUGAUUUCUUGCCAUUCAUAUGGGUCCAAGGGGAUGAGGGUGUCAUUCCCCAUCCGCAAAAUGUGUCGGUUAGUCGGCGAGACUGCAUCCCGCAACGUGGAACGCCUGUCCUACGCCUCCAGAUUACAAGCUCGUAAACUCAUCAAUACCUCCUCUACCGCAACAAACCCAUCGGGUUAUAUAGUGGCCUCAUCUGACGACUUAUUGAAGUUGUUCGACGCCGAUGUCGGUGCUCUCUCUAUCAGAGAUGAGACGAAGAUCCUGGGCAACCCCCGGGGACACCUUCAAGAGGUCCUUGCCAUGGUUGAAUACCUGAGAAUGAGGAGGAUGAGCGCAGUAUUCUGCUCCCAGGACAUCAGCAGCGACUUUCCUGACCUGCGAUAUGAACCAGGCUGGAAAUUCCUGGCCGGUGUCCUUUUCGUCCCUCUGUCGACUGGUGGCAAUGAUUUUAUCGCCUUCUUCCGCAAGGGCGUGCUGCAAGAAGUUAAAUGGGCUGGCAAUCCCUAUGAAAAGUUUGUCAGAGAAGGUACUGAAGGCUACCUUGAACCCAGAACAAGCUUCAAAGCGUGGAGCGAGACCAUCGUAGGUCGAUGUCGGGACUGGACGGAUGAAGAGAUAGAGACAGCAUCCGUCCUAUGUCUUGUCUAUGGUAAAUUUAUCGAGGUCUGGCGCCAGAAAGAAGCAGCCCUCCAAAACAGUCAACUGACUCGUCUUCUACUUGCCAAUUCCGCUCAUGAGGUCCGCACCCCGUUGAACGCAAUCAUCAACUACCUGGAAAUAGCGCUUGAAGGUCAGUUGGACCAGGACACCCGAGAGAACUUGGCUAGAUCCCAUUCCGCCUCGAAAUCAUUGGUUUAUGUCAUCAACGAUCUCUUGGACCUUACGAAGACGGAAGGGGGGCAGACACUUGUCACAGAUGAGGCUUUCAAUCUUCUGCAGACCUUGAAGGACGCCACCGAACCCUUUGUUGGCGAUGCGAAGCGAAAAAGUUUACAGUACGAGGUCACGCUACAGCCCGAGCUGCCUCAAAAAGUCAUGGGCGAUUAUCGACGAGUUCGACAAGUGGUGUCUAACCUCGUUGCGAACGCAAUACAGCACACAAAGGAAGGAAAAGUCGUUGUCCAAGCAUAUACUUUACCAACUACGCAAGUCCCGGGCAAAAUCGAGAUUGAAGUUGUCGUCGAGGAUUCCGGAGUAGGGAUGUCUCAGAACAGAGUGGACGCGUUGUUUAGAGAACUUGAAGAAGUUUCCUAUGAAGAGGAUCUGCAGGCACCUCCGGUGACCACGAUUGAUGGGAUCGCCAACUCGGCACAGCCUGAAAACAUGGCUCUUGGUCUUGGCCUAGCUGUUGUCGCACGCACCAUUCGGAAUAUGAAUGGACAGCUGCGUGUGAAGACAGAGGAGGGGAAAGGUUCCCGUUUCGUCAUUGUCCUAAGUUUCGAUAUCAAUGAAGGGCCCAAGCCUGCUCAACCCGACCAUCGUCCUCGGUCAUCAGACGCCAAAUCUCGACCUUCUACGUCUUCUGGGCAACAGGGAGGCGAGGUCACCUUGAUCUACAAGCACCCGCCAAAAGUCUCGGAGCCGCCUCCUCUGCUUCGCAAAGACAGUGGGGGAAGCAUGAACAGCUUGGCAAGUCUCAAGAGCGGAAAGAGUGGCCUCAGCCUCAAAAGCGAGGCAAGCCAGAAGAGUGACGCGGAGAGACUCAUCGACGCUAUUAAGCAGCCUUUGCAGCUGGCUGAACAGAAGAACACCCCUUCUAGUCCUAGCGCCAAAGAGUCCCAUCGCAUAUCGCUCAAUUUAUCAGAAGCCUCGCCAAAUGCUCCAAAGUCGAGAAGCUUGCCUUCUCCAAGGGAAUUAAGGUCUGCAUUCUUCAGGACAGCAGGGUCGGAGACAAUCAAAGACUCUGGGACUCCACUGCGACCAGUCCGGGUACCCGUUGACCAGCCUGACCAGCCAAGUGGAUCAAUAUCUGGGCCUAGGGUCCUUUUUGAAGAGCCGGAGUCUGUGGGCACAAGAUCUGAUACGACUGAGACCCCGAGAGUUUCAUCAUUCGAAAACUUCUCGGUCCUCGUCGCGGAGGACGACCCUAUCAAUAGCAAAAUUAUGAGGAAACGCCUGGAAAAGCUUGGACACGCGGUCCAUAUGACAGUGAAUGGUGAGGAGUGUUCUUCGGCCCACGGGGAACAGCCUGCAUCAUUCGAUGCCAUUCUGAUGGACCUUCAAAUGCCCAUUGUAGACGGGUUCGGCUCCACGAAGAUGAUUCGAUCGUUCGAAAAAGUGCACGGCAAGUCGAGUCUCUCCAGUAGAGCUGGGCGCAACGGACGAAUUCCUAUUUUUGCGGUCUCUGCUUCGCUCGUCGAGAGGGAGCACGACAAAUAUGUGCAAACGGGCUUUGACGGCUGGAUAUUGAAGCCGGUGGAUUUCAAACGGGUGGAUCUGCUCUUGAAGGGCAUUGUGGAUCAAGAAGCCCGGAACGAAUGUGUCUAUGAGCCGGGCAAAUGGGAAAGAGGAGGUUGGUUCUCCAAUGGGCACGAACAGCAAGGUCCUUUCGAUGUCGACACCAAGCCGAGUCAGCAGAAGCCUACCAUACAAACGGAACAAAGUGACCACGAAAUGACGGGAACGGAAACCCUGUCAGCCGAGCAAUCACCACCUUCAGAAACGGCAACUAUUGUACCAGAAAACGAGAACACAUGA